AUGCUGGCGGGAGUCGCUGGAAAACUAUGGCAACAAGCGCCUAUUCAACUUCCACGAGCCCUCAGCCCUCGAUCUGCUUGGCUUUUUGCGGAGAGUGUUCGGCGGGACGAUUAUUGUCUGCUUUAUGUUGCGCAGUGCUUACUCGUUGAAUACGAGGAGCUAUUCUGUUCGGACCCCGUUUGUCGACUCUUUGCCGUUCGACUCACGGACGAAUUUAUGGGAUGA